AGCUUGCUAGUUAGCUUAGCUUAGGAGCUGCUAACAAAAGGGACGCUCAGAAGAAAUCACGUAUAAAGUGUGAUUGUGUGAAAAUGUGCAAAUUAAAAAUGCCGAGAGUGUUGGUAAAUCGGCGGCUGUUGAAUAACGCCAGCAGAGUUGUUGGGUAAGAACCUUUUCGAACAACAAAGGAGGAGAAGGAGCGACAACGUCAACUACUGGACGCUGUUUUCAAGAAAGAUCAAGUUGUGUUACACACAACAGACCUCUGAGAAGAACCUUUUCUCCCUUGAGCAGCAGGAGUGGAACUAAGAAAAAAUAUGGAGCAAGAGGAGACCCAGCCCCGCCACAUAAAAGAGGAAGAGGAAGAAGCAAAGACCCCUCACGUUAAAGAGGAAGAGGAGGCGCCACAGCCGCCUCACAUUAAAAAAGAAGAUGAAGAUCGACAGCACUCCAAAAUUAAAGAGGAAGAGGAAGAACACAGCAUCAGUGAAGAGGGAGAGCAUCUUCAAGGACUGGAGGAGUUCCCAGUGAUUGGUGUCCAUGUGAAGAGUGAAGGUGAUGAGGUCAAAGGUGAGAGUGAGGAGAAGAGAGAGGCGGAGCCUCCAAGCAGCAGCUCAACUCAACACAUGACAACAGAAGCUGAUGGAGACCACUGUGGAGGAUCACAAGCAGACAAGCUCUUAGCUCCACUAUCAGAUAGUGAGGACACAACGUCACACUCUCCUGACACUGAUGAUGAAGACUCUAAAGAUGAUAAGACAUGUCACACUGACAACACACACUUCACGUGUUCUCACUGCGACAAAACCUUUAAUCACCGCCACAAUCUGACGACACACAUGAGAAUACACACCGGAGAAAAACCGUUCAUGUGUUCGGUUUGUAGCAAAAGAUUCCGUCAUAUGCAGAAUUUGAAAAGGCACACAAGACUGCACACUGGGGAAAAACCUUUUAUCUGUUCAGUCUGCAGCAAAGGAUUCAUACGAAGUCAAUGUUUGACAAGGCACAUAGGAACACACAGCGCUAAGAUAACAUAUCCCUGUCCAAGCUGCGACAGAAGCUUUUGUCACCAGUCCGCACUUUUAGUGCACAUGAGAAUACACACUGGUGAAAAACCUUUUUCCUGUUCAGUCUGUGGUAAAAGUUUUGUGCAAAAUGGUUCGUUUAAAACACACAUGAGAACACACACCGGAGAAAAACCUUUCUCCUGUUCAGUCUGUGGUAAAUAUUUCAACCGGAGUCAGUGUUUGAAAACACACAUGAGAACACACACUGCAGACACGUCUUUCUCCUGUUCAGUUUGCGGUAAAGGUUUUACACAAAUUCAAUAUUUAAAAAUACACAUGAGAACGCACAUUGAUGUAAAGCCAUAUUCCUGUUCCAGCUGCAGCAAGCGUUUUUGUGACCAAACAAAACUUGUCAGACACAUGAGAAUACACACCGGUGAAAAACCUUAUUCCUGUUCAAAGUGCAACAAAAGCUUUUGUUACCGAUCGACACUUGUAGUCCAUAUGAGAAUACACACCGGUGAAAAGGUGUUGCAAUGCAGUGAGUGUGAUAAAAGAUUCUCUUACAAGUACCAGUUGAAUAAACACACGUGUAACAGCAGCAGCCAAUGAAGCUGCAGGAUUUGAAAUCAACUGUUGACUGUCUAACAACAACAGUUUCUUCCCCCAGGCUAUCAACCUGAUGAACUGUGACGUAACUCUGGAACUAACCUGCCACUGUGAAUGUACUAGCUCAUGCUCACUUCAUCAUCUUUUUGUUUUUGUGCCGUUCACCACUGCACUUGUAUUAACCUUGCACAUUUGAGUUAUUUAGGCACUUGCUUUUAUUUGUAGUUAAUCAUUAAUAUUUAUUUUUUUACAUUGAACAAGAGAACACUGUUUAGUGAGUCAAAUUCCUUGUGUGUUAAACAUACUUGGCCAAU